AUGUUUUGGCAUGGUGAUAUUUUUAAGGAUUUGUUCCUGGACAGGGAGGAUGAUUCCAAGAUGCUCGAUGAUCUGAUCAACAGCAUUUCUUCUCCUCGGUUUCCUAGAUUCCAUCUAGGCGCACAAAAAUCUGAAAGGGCGGAGUCAUCAACUGACCUCGAAUCCAGCGAGUUGAGCUUGAUGAGCGAUACCUAUAUGAAGCACAUACCGCAAAGCCUGUCUGGAGAAGCUGAACUUGAGAGCCAGGACACGUCUUUUACAGACGUUGAAUUGUCGAAUAAAUCGCCUUCUCCCGCAUCUGAAGACUCCAGCGGUCUUGUUGGGAUGUAUCGUCACAAGAAAGCCGUCUAUGCAUUGCUUGAUUUGGAAUCUACGAACAUUGUCCGUACAGUUGGCAUUUGGGGAGAGGAUGGCGUCGGUAAAACGACACUCGCGGAAAGUGUUUUCGACGACAUCUCGCGCCACUUUCAACACCACUGCUUCCUAAGCAAUGUCAACAACAUCUAUCAAAACCGCAUCUCACCAAGCUUGCUAAAACAUCUUACAAGAAAAAAGAGUUCCGAUAACAUCUUUGAUGCCAUCAAACCAUGUCUUGUAAACCGAAAGGUCCUACUUGUUAUUGAUGGUGUUCAUCAGAAUUACCAUGAGCAACUCAAGGAUGCCAUGAAGGUUACCCGUUGGCUCGGCCCCGGAAGUAGAGUCAUCAUGACAUCUAGAUUCGACAAUACGCUUACCUCCUGCGGUGUGAAAUAUGUCUACCAGAUGGAGUACCUAAGAUAUGAUGAAGCUCUUCAACUCUUCUCUCAGUCAGCUUUCAAGAAGACUUGCCCUCUGGUUGGUUUUGAAGGGUUAUCCAUUCGUGCUGUCCAAUUUGCUGGGCGUCAUCCUCUGGCCCUCAAAGUACUCGGAUCAUUCUUAUACGAUAAAGACGAAGAGAGUUGGAAAAGAACACUGCGCAAGCUCGAAGCAUUACAAGAUAAAGGUAGCCGCCAAAUAUCUAACUACAUAGGAGCAGGUGAAUACUUCCCAAGAGCUCGAACAGAGUUGGAGCAAUAUGUAGGAGCAGAUGAAGAAGUUUCGCCUUCAUAUCACAUGUGGCUUUGA